AUGCGUAUAAAUGACCUGCCCCUCACUCCCCUCCAGACCAUCCAAAAAGCAGAGGCUGCGACUGAGCUCGACGACGACAAGCAUCUCAAGGACCAGCUCGACCUGGAUUCCAUCGCGUUUGCAGCCGACCUCCUGGUCAAGAUGAAGACAACCGCUAGUAUUUCUGGCUCGAUGGAGCUUGCCAGCAACACGGAUGGCCGUAUGGGUAUGCACAUGGGACCGGGUGGCAUGCAGAAGCGCGGUCCGCCGUACACGCGAAAGGACGCCGAGCUGCUGCGCAGACAAUCUGACGCGAUGAAUGCAGAGCAAGCCGAGGGCUUCUUCAUCGGCGGACCUCGGCCUGCCAAGCUGUUCCCGACGCCCAUCCACGAGCUGCGCAAGGGCAAAUACGCGACUACGGGUGGCGACCGUGGCUUUAUGACAGUGUUCGAAUACGACGUGCGUGGACACACGAUGAUGAUCGACGUCGACACGUCGCUGGUUCGAUUUACUUCGAUCACGCAAGCUCUGGGCAAGAACAAGGUCAACUUUGGCCGACUGGUGCGUACGUGUCCUGCGCUGGACCCGCACAUCACCAAGCUCAAGGGCGGCUAUCUGAGCAUCCAGGGAACCUGGCUUCCGUACGAUCUUGCCAAGGAGCUGUCGCGCCGCAUCGCGUGGGACAUUCGGGACCACCUCGUGCCGCUGUUUGGCUACGACUUCCCGGCCUCGUGCCUGCGACCGGACUCGGAGGGGUUCGGACAGCUGGCGAUCGGCAUGUCGCCCAAGCGCGCACGAAAAAGGCACAACAAUGGCGGUCCGCACCAGACUUCGUGCUACGGACCCAGCCUGCCCAUCUCUGUGGUGGAUGGCGAGACUAUCGAGCACAAGGCGCCGGGACACGGUGGGGUGGGACUGCAGCCGCAUCUUCCCGUCUUCCACUACACCAAGGCGCCUGGAUACGAUCGGGCGUGGUGCGCAGACGAGGCGGCGACGAGGCACGUCAUGAACGCCGGACAAGACUCGGUGAUGUGGCAGCAGGCUGCGGCCAACGCUGCAUGUGGACCUAAUCUGCUCCAGCUGUCGAGUCUUGCAGCGGCGUCUCACUCUCAGUGCCCACCGACGAUGCUGGAGCUCGACACCCACGCGGCCAACGCCGGCAACAGCAGCUCGCCGAUUGUCUCGUCGCCUCCUUCAUCCAACGCAUCGUCGUCGUCGGGAUCGGCGUCUCAGGGCCAGGGCUAUGCGAACUAUGCGCUGAUGGUGCCACCGACGGUUCCUUCCCACGCCGCCGGAGGUGAUGCGCUGGCCGAUGGCGGGUCUGCCUCGAGCCUGUUUCUGGCACAAGCGCCCAUGUCGCCGCCCAAGACGAGCUCGUCGGCUAACGAGGUCGGCACGUGUACCGGAAUGGCCGAACUAGGCUACUUUGACACGAAGCCGCCGCUGUGGACGGCGACGAGCCAGGUGGCGGCCUAUCUGCCGUCGAGGCCGACCGCUUCGACGCCGCCCAACGGUUCGGGCUCCUCCGCGCCUGGUGUGCAAGCGUUCCAGUUCGAGUGGCAACAGUCCUCGGUGUCUAGCUAG